AUGGACAGCAAGAAGAUGUACGAGGCCGUCUUCGGCAAGAGCUCGUCGUCGUCGUUCAGCGGCCAGGGCAGGACCUUGGGCACCAAGGCGGAGGACGAGGAGAAGAAGAAGGCGCGCAUCGCCGCGCUCGAAGCCGAGGCUGCGAGGCGACGCGCGCAGGCUGGGGGCGGCGCGUCGGGAGGAGGCGGCGCCCCGUCGCGCGGCGGUCUCGCGCCGAGCGGUGCGGCCGCCGCCGCCGCCGCGCGCCUCGCCGCCGGCGCCGGUGGAUCAUCCGCGGACGACAUGCGCCGGCAGAUCCUCGCCGAGCGCGAGCGACGUCGCGCGGCGAUGCUCAAGGAGAAGGAGGAACGCGAGAAGGCGCUCGCCGCCGAGGAUGAGGAUCCCGCGAUGGCGCCGCUCAACGACGCCGUCGCCCGCGUCGCCGCGCACGCCGACGCGGAGGCGUCCGCGUCGCUCCUGCUGCGCAUCGUCGGCAACGCGUUGAACAACCCGACGGAGCCCAAGUACCGAAGGGUUCGACUCGCCAACCCCAAAAUCGCCGCCGCGGUGCUCGACACCGACGGGGGGCUCGUGUUGCUCGAAUGCUCCGGGUUCAGGCUCGUGUUCGAGGACGACGGCGGCGAGGGCGACCCACGCGUCAUGGUCCUGGACGCGGACGCGGACCCGGCGCCGCUGAGCGCGGCUUUUCGUAGGCUGGCCAGGCUCGCGCCCGCCGCGGCGGCAAAGUUUUCGCAAGCCGCGCCAGCUGUGACGGCGCCUCGUCCGCCGGACCCGGCCAAGCCCCCCGCGGCGGGUCGUAACGCGAGGGCGUUCACGCCCGCGGAGGUGUGCGCCGCCGCCGUCACCGACCUCGGGGACGAGUACUUCCAGCGGACGCCCGAGGAGAUCCAGGCGGAGAUGGCUCGCAAGCGGGCGCAGCGCGAGCGAGAUUCGGUGUUGACGACGAAGUCGUGGAAGGAUAAAAACAGGUUCGGUUGGGAAGGAGGGGACGGUCCGGCGGGCGGCGGGUUCGACGCGGGUAAGCCCGCGGUGGUCCGCGUGCGCAUGCCGGACGGCGUCGUGCUUCAAGGGGACUUCGGUAGGCGCGAGCCCGCGGGGGCGGUGAGGGAGUUUGUGGCGAGCGCGCUGCGAGAACCCCACAGGACGUUUUCGCUCUCCUUCCUCGGCAAGCCGGUGACGGAGGACGACGAGGGGGGCGCCGCCGCCAAGGCUGCGGCGGAGCGCGAGCAGGCGAAGGCUCGCGGGGGUAAAGGCGCGGGGUACGCCGCGGCGGGGACGGUGGAGGGCGCGGGUCUGUUUCCGUCCGCGCUGGUGACGCUCAAGUGGACGGAUGCGAACACGGAUGGCGGGAAGGCCGCGCUCGCGUCCGCGCUCAUGGCGUCCGCCGAGCCCCUCGAGUGA